AUGACUCAAGCAGGGACCUCCGCAUUCGACCGAGCCAACGAGGCCGUGACUUUCCUUAGAAGUAGCCUGCCAGAGGGUCUGCAGGCGCCCAAAGUUGCUAUUGUAUGUGGCUCUGGGCUGGGAGGACUGGCCGAUACGGUCCAUGCUGAAGGUCGAGCGGAAUAUGAUUAUGCGUCUAUUCCUCAUUUCCCUCGUCCGACGGUUGCUGGACAUGCUGGGAAGUUGGUAUUUGGUCUGCUGGGCCAGAAGAUUCCCGCUGUCUUGAUGGUUGGACGUGCCCACUACUACGAGGGCCAUUCUAUGGACCAAGUCACUUUCCCCAUCCGAGUCUUCAAGCAGCUCGGAGUUGAUACUGUCGUGUUGACAAACGCGGCCGGUGGCCUGAAUUCUGACUAUUGCGUGGGCGAUAUCGUCAUGCUGAAUGAUCACAUCUUCCUCGCCGGUCUAGCGGGAGUUCAUCCCCUCCGAGGACCCAAUGAGGAAGACUUUGGAGUGCGCUUCCCACCUCUGUCCGACGCAUAUGACCUGGACCUUCGUCGUCAGGUACACCAAGCGUGGAAGCAAGUCAUCUCUGCGGAAAGCACGAGGAAGUUGCACGAGGGUGUGUAUGCCUUCGUUGGAGGUCCCACCUAUGAGACGAGAGCGGAGAGCCGCAUGCUGCGAAUGAUGGGUGCCGAUGUGGUGGGCAUGUCCACCGUGCCAGAGAUUGUGGUGGCGAGGCACUGUGGGCUUCGCGUAUUGGCUUUUAGCCUGGUCACCAACAAUGCAGUGUUGGCACCCGUGCCUCGUGGCGAUGAGAAAUUACUCCAGGGCAAAGACGCUGGUGAGCUCAACGCCAUCAUCGAAGAGGGCAAGGCUGGACAUGAGGAAGUCUUGGAGGCUGGCCGCAAUGCGGCACUGGACAUGCAGAAAUUGGUUUUGCAAAGUCUUGUGAACGUCUUCGAACAGGUAUAG